UAUAUUUCAACAGAUACUUUUCACGGAAUAAUGCUGCCAGACGUAUGAUAAAUGACCUGAGGAAGACGACGAUGCCAGUACGAUAUUUUUUACUUCCUCAACAUUUCAGUGAACCGUAUGACAUGUAAACAGUGUUGCUGAUAAUGUGAGUGAGAGUACUAGCGUGUUCCAUCACUUCACUGUCUGUUUAGUUGAAGCAAUCAUUGUGUCAACCUUAAAGUGAAGCAAAUAUAUAUAUAUAUUAAUACUUAAAAGGUUUGCGUCCCAUAAAACAGUACUGCGUAAUAAGUGAGAGUUGAGAUCAAUUUAGAAGCAAGAGGUGGCGUCUGGCAGGGGGAUACAACUGACCUUGGCUGUUUAUUCAGUGACUAUUACGGUAUCAGCCGAGAUGCCCCACUCCCACCACCACCACCACCACCUUCACCACCGUCACCAGUCCUUGCCUUCUGCUGCAUCCCUCGUGCUGUGGGCCGCCCUAGUGUGUCUCCCAGGCUGCGUGUGGGCAUGGUCUCGGGCACCUCGCCAUGUGGUCCCCGUGCCCACUCUGCCAGGACCCACCUUACCGCCCGUGUUUGAUCCGCUAGUGCCCAUCAACGUGACCGUGACGGCAUCCAAGACGGCACUACUCUCCUGUGUCGUCCAUAACCUUGGCAACAACUCGGUGUCGUGGAUUAGGCACAGGGACCUCCACAUACUGUCGGUCGGGCCAGUGACCUACACCAGUGACUCGAGGUUCCAGGUAGUGCCACAGGAAGGCUCUGGUGACUGGGUAUUGAGGCUCCUGUACUCCAGCCCUCGCGACUCUGGCCAGUACGACUGUCAAGUGUCCAGUACACCGCCCAUAGCUCGCACCACCCACCUCACUGUUGUAGAACCACAAGCCAAGAUCCUGGGAGCACCGGAUAUCCAUAUAGUCCACCAUCAACCUGACGUGUGUGGUAGCUUAUUCACCUGAACCACCUGAUUACCUGUAUUGGUACCACAGGGAGAGGAUGGUGCGUGACGACGGGGCGAGAGUGUGGGCAGGAGGACACAGCUGGCUUCGGAGAAGCGUGAGCCAGUUGGUGGUGAUGAACGCUUCCCCCAGU